AACUAUAAAUGUAAUUUUCAUUGAAUAUUAUGGUAUUUUCUCUUAAAUCUAAUCUAAUGGAUUAAAUGAUGCAAAAUCACGCGUCGGAUUUGGAAGGAAUGGCUAACCGAGUCGGCUCGCAGCUGUUCAUCAGCAGACUGUCAUCAUACACAACAAUCGAACGCCUUGAGAGUCUGUUUUCACCCUUUGGUUCAGUCUCUGAAGCUCGGCUAAUUCGUGAUCCGAAAACCCAGAGGCCCAAAGGGUUUGGUUUUGUCACAUUUCAAUCCCCGGUUGAGGCGAAGAAAGCUCUUCAAGCCAUGAAUGGUCGAAUUGUUGAUGGAAGAUUGAUUUUCGUUGAAUUUGCAAAGACUAGGAGACAUGGGGUAGAUGCUGCAUCUAGAUAAAGAACGUCAUUCACAACAAGACAUGGGGAUUUGGAUAUGUGUGCAUGCUUCGGAGUUUAAUCCAUAUGUGGUGUCAUAUUAGCAAGUUAGUUCGUUCUGAAAAAAGGAAGUAAGAUAACGAUUGUAAUGAGUCUAAUGUUCUAAACUCUUCUAUGAUAAAUGUGCGACGAUUUAACUGUUGCCUUGAAACAUAAAUCUUUAAAUUGGGCCUAUUUAACAAUUUCAUCUCCUAAAUUCUUGAUGAUAAUUGUUCGAUCAAAA